UGCGUAGCUUUGGCUUAGCUUCGACAACACUAAAACAAUGCCUACACGUCUCGGGAAACAAUCUUAAGGCUUGCAGUUAAAACAGCUGACAGGUGCACACAGUAAGGACGCAUCUUAUCAGCAGAAUGCCUGAGUCACUAGUCUCCUGUGGACAAAGCAACAGUUGCUGACUGCUGAUGUUUCAUGUUCUCUCAGAGUCACGAGGUUUAAAACAGUUGUCUGAUUGACACAGGCUUCUGGAACCAGCAGAUUAAGACAGAUAUUCAAACACAGAGCACAUGGGAGUGAUGACGGAGGCCCUGCAUUCUCUACCUCACCCUCUAACAAGUGAUAAGUGACAAACCAGCACAGUGGCUCUGCGCUCCACAAGCUGCACGGUCUCUAGUGUGACAGCAUUUCAGACAGCAACGAGAAAAAUACGCGUGUCUUUUAUCGCAGGAGAACAGGGUGCUGUUCAGGUGAAGCUGGAGCUCGGGCACCGCGCUCAGGUCCGGAAGAAACCCACCGCUGAAGGCUUCACACACGACUGGAUGGUGUUUGUCCGCGGGCCGGAGCACACCAACAUCCAGCACUUUGUGGAGAAAGUAGUGUUUCAUCUGCAUGAAAGUUUCCCCAGACCAAAAAGAGUGUGCAAGGAUCCACCAUAUAAAGUGGAAGAGUCUGGAUACGCUGGCUUUAUCCUGCCUAUUGAAGUGUACUUCCGAAAUAAGGAGGAGCCGAAAAAAGUGCGCUUCGACUACGAUCUGUUCCUGCAUUUGGAGGGUCAUCCCCCUGUCAAUCACCUGCGCUGUGAGAAACUCACCUUCAACAACCCGACAGAGGAGUUCCGCAGGAAGCUGCUAAAGGCCGGAGGGCAACGAGAUCCUCACAAAAGAAGUUCAGAAGACUCUAAAGUGAUGGUCAUGCAGGAAGGCUCCACGUCUCUGUUCGGUCAGCACCUUAAGCUGCCCACUUUACCCAGCAGCUCACUGACACUGAACUUCUCUGAUGGCAAAAAGAACAAGUCCUUUUCAGGAGCAAAGGACGGGUCUAAAAGCAGUAGUGCCCUCACCAUCACCACCACCAACAACAGCAUCAGCAGCAGCUCACUCAAGCUCCACAAGCCAUCCAAGGAGCACAAGGACAAGCCUUCCAAAGACUCAAAAGAGUCCAAAAGUGCCUUCAGAGACUUCAGCAGGGACUCGGGCAAAGUCUCCAAAGACUCCUUGAAGAAACCCAAAGAGAACCAGCCGCUGCGUGAUGAGCAGCCCAUCCCUAAGAUGGGUUUCAAAGAGCCCAAGGCCAUAUCUAAGGAACACCGGGCAACUGAGGUUAGCUUCUCGAGCUUGGGCCAAAAUAAACGAAGGCCCUCAAUGGACGAUGAAGCCCACAUUACCAAAAAACGGAAAGGAAGUUUUUCAGAGUCAUCGCAGAAGCUUCAAUCCGGUUCUAGCUUGGUCCAGCCUCACCACUCGGAUAAAAAGGCUCUAAAGGACAAAUCGCAGGUCCGGCAUGCCAAGUUAAGGGAUAAUGAGCUGUCAGAGAGAAGGAAGGUGUCCACAUUGCCUCCUUUUCAGGAUGUGGUGGACCCAAAUGACUCUGAUAUGGAUGACAACAUUUCUGCUAAAUACGACUCAGAACAGCCCAGUCCUGCCAGCUCCAGCUCCAGUUCGAGUUCAGGAUACAGACCGACACACAAGCGACAAGUGCUGGGUCCUUUACAGACGAUAAUUCCAGAUUUGCACUCAGAUGACAAUGAAGACGAGUCGGAGGAGGAAGAGGACAACGACAUGGACUCGGACAUGGAGCGUCCCUUACACACACACAUGACGCAUCGCCAUCGCAGGGUGAGUUUGAGUGACGGCAGUGACAGUGAGAAUAGCUCCACCUCCUCACCACUCCCGCACAACGAGGCCCCGCCUCUUCUGAAGGCUAGCAAUAAUCAGAUUCUAGAAGUGAAGAGUCCCAUGAAGCAGACAAAAGUGGAUAAAAACAAGAAUAUCGACUGUGACAAGGCAUACUUGGAUGAAUUGGUGGAGCUCCAUAGAAGACUAAUGGCACUGAGAGAGAGGCACAUAUUACAGCAGAUUGUAAACCUCAUCGAAGAAACUGGACAUUUUCACAUCACAAACACAACCUUUGACUUUGACCUUUGCUCCUUGGACAAAACCACGGUUCGAAAGCUGCAGAGCUAUCUAGAAACUUCUGGAACAUCUUGAAGACGUGUGCAGCUGGCUGCCAUGAGCAGGAACACCAGACCUCCUAACUGUCCUCCUGAUUUUGUCUCAAUCAGCUUGUGGCAAUGUUAUGGAAUCAGCUUCAUUGAGAGGUCCUGGAGCUCCUUUCUUCUCUCUGUGUGCCUCAGAGAUGGAUGUGAGAUUCUUCCUGUCCACCAGGACUUCACCUGAAAAGCCUUGAAAAGUCCAACAUUGCCAAAAAGGGAAUAAACAAGUUCAUGCGCCAAAAAAAAACAAUGUGCAUAUUGUUACGAUGUAUGAAUGAUGUUUGGUUCUGUUCUUUGUGACGAAUGCAUGUCUAAACACUGCCUUACACCAUUGUCUAUUUAUUGAGUGUGAGUUUCAAGUGUGUGUGUGUGUGCGUGUAAGAGCAAAUGAUAUUAAACUCGUGCAAGCACUUGGGCACAGUCAUGUCAUUGGUGUUUUAAGGUGGUGAAGUGUUAGAUUUUCCUCACCAAAUCUAACAAUUACAUCCAGUGUGAAAGGAAGAACAAAUUAUCCAUGAAAUAUUUACAAGACUGUUUGGACAUGUAAAGGCACUGUAGAAAUUGUGGUUUUAGAGGAAAGCACCAGUCUUGGUCUUACUGCUGUUUCCAGUAAAAGCAAUGUCAUGAGACAAAACUUUCAUGGUGAGGAUCAAAUACUAUUUUUAAAUGAUUGCACAUGAAGGCAGUACCAACAUUGGAAUAAUUUAGGAAUGUCACCUUUUGUACUGGUCAGGACUGAGCUAAAAUAAUGAUUGAUUUUAAGGCCAAAUAUGCUUACAUAGUAAGAAUAUGUCUCAGUUGAAAGCUGUCUUAUUGAAUCUGUUGAUGUUAUUUAUUUCAUUGGGACCACAAUCGCUUUGCUUGUGUGUUGGCUGUCUCUAAACCAGUGGGAACUGGUUAUGGGUCUUUUGGAAAUUUUAGUUUGUCAGAAUUCUUUUUUUUUUUUUUUUUUUCAUUCAAAGUUUACUCUUCAGGUCCUCUGAACUCUUCUUUUAUAGACAGCUUGAUCAAUUGCUAGAUGUCAUUGUGGGCAGAUUGUACAGUUGAGCUGUAGCCAUGAUGGUUGAGUUAUGCCUUAAGGCAAGACCAGUAUCAUUUAGAUGGGUUAUUUUAAAUCACGUGAAUACAUCUGUAAGAGCUACAGAUUACUUUGGUGACCUGACAGGGAGGGGGCUGAAUUAUUGGCACUGUGUGUAUUUAAAAAAAAAAAAAAAAAAAAAAAAAAAAAGUGUACGAAUUUUUCAUAAUUGCAUUUUUGUAUUGUGUUUGUUUUUGAAUGAAAUCAAACCUUGUAUACUUUUUUUCUGUCUGGAUUUCCCUGAUUUGAGUUUCUCAACCCAAAGAACCUUUAGUUUAGCUAUCAUUAUAUAAUGUUUAUAUGUGUGUAUAAACUUUAUAUGUGAUAAAAACUGAAUAUCUUUCCUUUCUUGGAAGGUACUGACCUGAUUCCAGCUGAACAUUUUUUUAUCCUAAUAUAAAAUCCAAACAGUCUGCAUCAAUGUCUGGUUAUUGACUAGAAAGUGUGUAUGAUCAGAAUUAUUAAUGUGAUUGUAAGAACCAAGUGUAGCGUGUAUGUAAAUUAACUUGCGUGAGAGGUGACUGUUAAAUGUAGCUGCAAGCAGUGAUUAAGGGGUCCAAGCACUCUGUGAUGACCUGUGGAGAUUUGAUCCAGGUGACUUGGUCCUUUUGGAAGGACUUUGUUGACUUAGAAAUUCUCAUUUUGUAAGGGAGAUGAUUUCAUGAACAUAUCUUCAUGUUCAGCUCUUUAUUGUAGUUCCACCUAGUGGUGAAGUCACAGAGCACAGGUGAUCUUUAGGGUGUGGUCUAAAACACACCUACCAUGUUUGAUGUCAGUAAAACAAAGGUUUGCUGGAGAAUACAGGCUGACUUCCUGUUUGGCAUUUUUAAGGAUGAAUAUCAAAAAUGAUUUAACAUUUGUCAUCUCAUUCUCAAGUUUUCAUUUCAACUUCUUGUAUAGUUGACUUAUAUAUCAUAAUUUGUGCUGCUCUCAGGAUAAACAGAAUCAAAAUAACAAAGAAUCAUGUGUUUAGUUUGUCUUUUAAUUAUAGUUAAUUAUAGUACUUAGUGACUUAGGGCACGGUUGUAACACCCCCACACCGCCCCCACCUCAGCUGGGUGUCAGUAUGCCAAAACUUUGCUGAAGUACAGACUCACUUCCUGUUUGGUGACCUGCCAGCAUCUUUGUUAGAGCAUUACUGGCGAACAGAUAUGAAUUUCAGAAAUCAUUUGAUAACCUUGGUGAGGGCCACUCAGGAUCACCUGAUUGAAGUUUGAACGGACCACAUUUGUAGUUGUAAAGAAAAUUGUUACAAUUUAAGAUUGUGGCCAUUUGAAUAUGGCAGACCCUAAUCAUAGGCAAUUGGAGUGGUGAUUCUGUGACCAGUGGUUCCCAUGAUAUGGACAGAAAUGUGUGUCCAAAUUUGGCUUAUUGGUGGCAGUAGAUGAAUUAAGGGGCAUACUCAAAAUUUGGUGAAAAGACAUUUAGGACCAUAGUGAAUCAGUGUGCCAAAUUUUAUAAAUAUCAUGCAAACGGUUCUGUGGGUUGCCAUAGACUCCCAUGGCAUGUAUAACAACAAUAAAACAUACAGUCACUAUGGGGCCCCUGCAUCAUUGGGGCAUAGACCCCUAAUUACCUACUGGAAAUCCAGAAACCUGCAAAGGAAUAUUAUAUUAGCAACCUUAAUUUGAAAAAGAAAUGUUUGGUUCAUGCUGAUGGAGUCUUUUAGCUCAUAUCAACACCAAGAUCAAAGCCCCAUACUCUGUAAGUCUGAACCUUGCCUGUGUCGUUGUACUGUAACAGUAUUAGCCAGUGAAGAUGGUUAAGUAAUUACUGGAGCUUAUACAGUGCAUUAACAGUGUUGUUCUAGUGGAAAGGAUCACUCAAGUCUCACUUAAGAUUUUAAAUGCUGACAUUCUUUAGCAGACCUUUUUUUUUUAAAUCUAAGUGCUGAUAUAAAAGAAACCAUGAAAGGGGGAAAGUUCAUGAACACAGUUUACUAAAUCACAUAACUUUCCCACUCUCCAUGAAAUUGUCGGAAAUGUGUUUUUUUUAUGGUACAGCGUGGGUGGUCUAACAAUAGAGUGGUGAGGUCCUCUACAAGAUGCUCAAUUUCUUAAAGAUCAUGGUGUCAUCUGAACAUAUUUGUGGAAAGAGAUCAAAUUCUUUAAGCAUAAAAAAGUUUGUACACUAAAAAUCACUGUCAGAAGAGGUCUUGGGAGUUGAGGCUGGGAUGAUGGUAGCAGUCUAAACUGAUAGUGCCAUAAUGCAGUACAGGCAGCUUAGCAGGCCUGGAGGAUUUCACACCUUUUGUCUUUAGUUGAAAUGAAACACAACAAAAUAAAACUACCCAAGUGUGUUACAUUUAUUUUCCUGUAAUACACUGGCUUUGGUUAUUAGGAAGCAGAUAUUCUAUUUCAUAGUAUGUUUGAGAGCAAGUUGAAUGUUGUGUACUGUCAUUUUUAACUUUUAACAUUUUUAACUCGUUACACAAGACUUCAUAGCUAUUUCCUUCUUUCUUCCUUUCCUUCAGCAUCUUUUGUCUAAUAACAGCCUUCGAAUGGGUGCUAGGAAGCGUGAGUGCAUCUGUAACUGUCCCACUAAGCCUUUUGCUUAACACCAUUCCACAAAGACCAUAAGCAACUGAAUGUCAGCACAGAGCCAUGUGUCUGACUGCUGUCCAUCUGUAGCCACAUGAACUUUCACACUCAUGUCAAGUCAGACAACCGGCAUGCGAUACAGAAGAUAAACAUAAAGAACACCAACAAAUCUAGUGAGAUUAGUAUCUCAGUUCAUGAUUACAAAACAGUAAUGGAUAGGGAUCAUGGGAAAUGGAAUCUACUCAAAAAAUUCUUUCAGGACCAGAAAGACUGUGAAAUGAUUGGCACUGCAUCUGUGGAAUAUUCUCCAGUCCAGCUACAGCUACUGAAAAACACUGGCCUGGG